AUGGGGCACGCUGUACACCAGUUCAAGGCUCUGCUCUGGAAGAAUUGGCUCUGCCGUGUGAGGCAACCGGUCCUGUCUCUCACUGAAAUACUUUGGCCAUGUGUGCUUUUCUUGAUUCUGGCUGCAAUCCGCUUCCAGGAGCCCCCAAAAUACAGGGAAAACUGUUACUUAGAAGCUCGUGAUUUACCAAGUCGGGGCCUUUAUCCUUUCAUGCGGACCCUUUUCUGUAAUGUCGGUUCAAGAUGCAAGAAUACUAGUUACGCAACACAGAAAAACAACCGCUUACGGAGGUUGCAAUCAGCUCCAAGAGCAGCCGGAGGAAGGGCUAUGGCAAUGACGAUGGAUUUGAAUGAGGCAGAAGAAAUGAUUUCUAGAGCAGAAAACCUGUACAAGCAACCAUAUUUCUGGAACCUUCUGCAUUCACUCCCUCACCUUGAAUCAAACAGCUUUUCUGCAGAAGAUGGGUUAGCUGCUGUAGCACAGUUUCUAAAAGUUACUGAAAAUAUCUUAAUUUCAUUGAAGGAUUUGGCUAUCAUGCCAUUGAGCAAAAUUUUCUAUCAAGUGGUGAAAACAGCACUGAAUUUAACUGCUGCGUCAAUACAGGAAAGGAGCUUAGAAGGUUUUCAGUAUAACCUUUCUCUUGGGGAUGUUUUGUGGAAUCCACAUGCAGUGAGAGUAGAACUUGGAUCCAGGUUUGGUUUUGAUGAUCUUCGUGUUGAGAAGGUGCUAAGUUACACAGCACAAUUAACAAAGAUUCCCACAGGAGAGACACUAGAGCAGUUUGUGUGCUCUGCUCUAUCCAGUAUGCCAGAAAAUGAAGCAAAGAAAGAGAAUAAUGAAGAAGGUUGUAUUUCUCCGUGGCAUGAGGCCAAACUGUAUCUUGUUCAUGCUGUCAGCAAGCUUAGACUCUAUGCACAGGUAUUUGAGCAGUGGUUCAGCGGCAGCCUCUCUCAGAAACUCCUUUUGGAACUUGAAAGAAUCACAGCUGAUUUAAUGUCUCAGUUUCUAGAUGACAGGGAAGCCAGGAAACUUUUUUCAGAGAUAAAUACCGUGAUCCAGCAAUGGAAUGAAAAAUCAGAUGCCUACUUUCCAGAAGGAUAUAAUUCAUCUCAUGAUCAAAUGCCACAUCUGGAGAGAAUGUGGUCUGUACUUCAAGGUGUACCUCAGUGGCCUGUUAUGAAGACAUUGCUUCUGGUAGAUGGAGCUAUAAGGAACGUAAUUGCACAGUAUUUAAACUUCACUGAAGAAGCUCUACAUAGCCUGGAAAAACUGAUUCCCUUUGCCCAAAGAGAUGGAUUAAUUCAUCUAGACAUCAGAAAGCUCUUUGUGGAGCUAAAACAGAUGUUGAUGAGCAAUACUUCCUAUAUAUGCAAUGAUGUGCUUACAAUGUUUGAGAAGGCCCUGAUACUUCCACGGGUCUCAGAUGACAUCGACAUCUUAGCAAUGUACGUGUGCCCUGGCAAUGGCUCAGGGGUGACCUUCAAUCUAAGUAACCAAGUCCAGUCACUAAAGGAAUCUGUCCUGCUUCUGCAGAAAGUAACUCAGGGACAACAGAGCCAGCCAGAUUCAAUAAUGGAUGAUUAUUUGGGAUGGCAAGAAAUAGAAGAGCAGCUAACCAAAAAUUAUCCUUAUUACUGUGAAAUUAAUCAACUGCUGAGCACGGAGGCACCAUCUGAGCAGAAUAUCAGUUUCAGCUCCUGUCAGAAACAGUUGCUCUUCUCACUAAUUAAUAAUACACUUGAAGAAAUUUUAUUUGCUUUGGAGGGAAGCCCAUACUGGAAGGAUUUAACAACUUUUGUCAGUUGGAAAUGCAAGGUAGCUCAAUACAUGAAUGAGGAAGCAGGCUCCAUGGGAGGUCAGUCAGAUAGACUAGAUGUGUCCCUAUGUUCUAGGCAAAAUCUCAGUUUGGAGACCAUCCAUUUAGCAUUUCUGAAGGAUUUACCAGAUUAUUCCUUAUUUAUUUCCUGGGCACGGACUUUGACAUCUUUCAAAGAGUCUUUGAAGAGAGAAGAAAACUUAUGGGUUUCUGGUGGAAACAAAAUGGAUCAUCUUUUUCAUCUUGUAGAAGUCAUAGAAGAAAGUAUAAUGCUUGAUUUCUCAUCUACUUCAAACCAGUCUCUACAUGAAAAUAUCUUGAAUAAUACAAUUAUAUGGAUGAAAAAUUUUGCUGAGGGGAAGGAAUCUGCCAACAAUUUCUCACUUGCAGUUUCUGAACUCCAUAAUGAGCUACAAAAAUACUUCCAGCCUCUUCAGAGAUUCUGGAUGAAAGAGAAGACACAAGUUUUCUGGCAUAUAAUGAAAAUUGUAUUCUAUGAACUUGAUUUUAGGCACUUUCAUUUCAGUCAAAUAGAAGAGGAGGAGGUAUGGGAGACCUUAUCUAGAAUUAUAUUUUCCAUUACAGAAAAUAAAAUCCAUAAUAGAAGUAGGCUAUUGCUCCAAAAUAUCCUGACUGAUCAGCCGGAGUUAAAUAUUGCUGCUUUGAAUUCUCUAAAACACUUAAUUAAAAACUUCCUGAGGAAUCUCUAUAAGGUUGGAACAUUGACUGAUGAUCAUGUCAAUGUGUCUUUCAGCACAAUUCAUGGAGUGAGUAAUGCCUCUUCCUUAUUACUCUCAACUGAAACUUUUCUAUAUAAAGUACAAGUGUUAGGAGAAAUUGUGCAUGAUUUCCUCAAAAACAUCCAAAAAUUAAACAGUACUAGCGUGGCCUCACUUGUUCCAAUAAUUUUCUCUCUGUAUCAGAAUGAUGAUCUGAUCUUAAAUGUUGAGAGCAAUAGCACUCUGUUAAAGUUUCUUUAUGAGACUUCAGAAGAUAAUUCAUCUUUUCAAGUAUGGCAUGAUUUCCAAGGUAGGGAUCGAGUUUUUGAUUUUCUGUCUGAAACUUUUGAUCUUCUCUGGAACUUCACCAGAAAGCCUCUCUGUGAAAAGUUACUAAUAUUUUACAACUAUACAGAGUUUCAGGCUCAGUCUCUUGCACAGAAAGGAAAAAAAGAGAUGCAAGUUGUCUAUAGUACUCUGAGAGGCCUUAAAACUUUGUUUAUAGAUGAAGAGCUCCAAACAGCUGUCUUUUGUUAUUUGGAAAAGUUUCUUGGUAUCUCCCCAGAAUGCCUGGUAAAUAACGAGUGCACUGAUUUUUAUGUAUCAAACAUUACUUCUGUAGAUCAUUCAGCAGAGGUUUACAACUUAGUUCUGCUUUCAUUGGACACUGUUCUAUCUAACAUAACAAACUUGGGAGAUAAGGUAAGUGUGCCUUCUGCUUUGCACUGCUCUUUUACAUGGCUUCAGGCCUGGACAGAGAUUUUUGAAGAAGCAUCCAAAAUCUUAAAUUUGAAUUCAACCUUUUUUGUCUGUCUAAGAAAUGAUUUGGCAAAUCUCUCUGAAAGUCUUAAAAAUGCAACUCAUGGUGGAGUGUGCAGUAAUACAGCUGUGACUGUUGUUGAAGCUACAACAGCAGCAAUGAAUCUACUAAAAGUCAUAUUUGAAGGAGAUGGUGACAUAAAAGACUGGAAGGAUUUUGAAGCUUUCCUUGCUAAUCUUCAAAGUGUAUUUAACAAUGUAGUUGAUGUCACAAGCGAGAUUAAAGGUAACAGUUUAGAAAGUGUUUUAGAAGUGAUGGGAGUCAUGAUUAUUGAAUUGCAGAAAUCUAUACUGGAGGUUGUUAAUGGAGAAUUUUUGAAUUCUUGGCUUGAUACUUUCAUCUCAGGAGAAUCUGAGGGAGAAGAUAGGGGUGCUGGUGUAUUUUCCAUUGCAAAUUCUCUCUCUACUAUUCUGAAGCUCUCCCAAAAGGAACUUGGAAUUAUUCUUACUGAGAUAAAAGACACAACAGCUUUCUUUAAAAGUGUACCUCAAGAAAAACAUACAGUUUGUAUCAGCAUUUUCCAGAAUAUUACCAAACUGAUUUUGGACAAUACUCCAGAAGACAUAAGCCAUUUUCAAACAAAUUUUUCAUCUCAUCUUAAUCCCUUUCUAAACUUUUAUAGUACAGUGGGUGAAGCAAAAGACUGUAACAGAUGGUUACGUGGAUUAAGUAAUCUCAGUAAAAAAUACAAGUCAUCUUCCCACCUUGAAAGUGCAAAACAUAUUUUAUUUCUACUAAAAUCUCUUGGAAAUAUUGAGAUGGAUGCUAAGCUAAUGAGCGUGAUGGACUUUGUUGAUUUGAUUUUUAAUGUGAUACUCCCUGAAUGUUCCCUAACUGGUUCUGAUGUGAUUUGUGCAAAUGUUUAUUUCAGUAUCAUAACAAAAACUUUGAAGUUUAUUCUCCCUGAAUUUUAUGUAAAAGAUGACGUUAGGGUGCUUGAAUUUAUUUUUACUCUUUUAAAUAACUCUGGAGGUGAAAUACAAAUGGCUGUCAAUGAUUUACUGGGGCAGUCAUGGUAUACAUCAGAUAAAACCCAUUUUAAUCAGUCAAUCCAUGGAUUUAACAGGACUUCAAGGAUGUUCCUUAAUCCUUUUCACCAUGUUCAGCUUUCAUCAGUACUUUUGUCAGAAAUUGAAACUCUUCUGAAAAAUAAAACUUUUGAAAUGCUAGAAAAAAGCUCCUCUCACCUGAAUAUUGAGAUUGAACAUUUCUUGCAAGAGAAAAAUACCAGUUUGUUGAUGGAGUCCUUUCAAUAUGUGAUUAGUAAACUUGACUCAGUCUUGCAGGGUGAACGCAAAACAUUUCUCCACAAACUGAUAGAAACUGCAGCUCUAGUAGGGAAGGCACUUAAUAUAUUCAAAUCUUCUAGUUUUACUGGCUUUCCAUUAAGAGAUGAUAAAGAGUUUAUAAAGCAUAUGGUAACCUUAGUGCAAAAUAUGAGGAACAUGGAUGUCGAGUUCUUGAUAAGUCAGUUCAAGCAAAUCCAGGGGAGCCUAGAUAAUUUCUUUAAAAAUAUAAAACCUUUGUAUAUUGAGAACUCUGAAUUAGGAAUGUUAACAGAUUGGUGGAAUGCAUUUGAAAACAAUUCGUGUAAUUGGAACCUGACUGUUUUAUGGCAAAUAACACGACUCUUUGAACAAGAUGAGCUCUAUGAUGUAGAAGAGAUGUUCCAUCUCCUCCUUGAUAUCAUCAGCCUUACAGAAGGAUUAGCUCAUGGAAACGUCACAGAAGCACUAACUGAAGUAUAUGGUUUCAUGUUGACUCAGGAAGCAAAAAUGGGAAUGUUUACUGAAGAGGAGUUCUCUAACCAAGUAGAAAGUCUUCUGAUGGUACUGGAGACACUGACAGAUAUAUCUGAUGAACCUGAAGAGUCCUCAGUUUGUUUUUCUGCGGCAUUCUGCUGGACUCUCACAACAGCAACACCUCAGAAUGAUCCCACUUUUCAACAUUGUGACUUUGCGCAUAGCAAUUCUACUCUUAGUUACAAUGCAGUCAUUGAAGCCAUUAAGGAGCUGAAACUCAUCACUCCGGGGGACAGUUCCUCAUGUACUAUGGAAGACUUUCAGGUGGAUAUCACUCGCAAUCUGACUUGCUUUUUUCAUCAGGUCAAAGAAUGGAACUCACUUCUUCUGAAGUUUUCUGAGCUCCAUCAUGUAAAUGGCUCAGCUCUUAAAGAGCUGCUAGAUUUUUGGAAUGAGCUAUCCCUCUAUGCAGUGCCACUGCAGGUCAAUAAUACAUACUCAAUGAAUUGUUCCUCCACACCGAAGAGACAAGUGGCUUUACAAAUCAUAGAAACACUGGGCAGUGUGCCAGUGGCAGAAAUGGAGAUGGCCAGAGGUGUUCUUGAACAGCUGGGUGAUCUUUAUGGUGGUCUAAGUUGGAACAGACAUUCAAGAACAUCACUCAUAAAUACUGUUCUUACUAAUGUUAAGAAUAUGACCAGUGAAGUUUCUGGACUCCUGGACACAGAUGCUGUCCUUUCUUUUCUUCCUGUAAUUCAACCUUUAGUGGCUCUGUCUUCUGUAGGAAACCAGACAUACUCAAUGCUUAUGAUAUUAUCAGCUUUAAAUGGAAACAGUAAUAUAUCUGACAACUUUGAAAACUUCUGGUUUCCUAUAGUUAAAAGCAUAGAAGAUUUAUUGGUGAAUUUUAAUGUUCAACACUUACUUGCUAUGAUAGACCAAGAGUUUCAGUUACUAAAGUUGGCCACUGGACAGUCCUCUUCAAUGGCUCUUGAUAUUUUAAGACAGCAGUUUAAUACAUCAUCUGUAGGUGCUAUGUUAAGACAUUUUGAAGACAUACAAGAGAUUGUGAACAACUUUCUAUGCGAUUGUAACAACAAAAAUUAUUCUAAAAUAAUGCAUGCUCUAAUUCUUCUUAUGGCUAAUGAAAAUGCAUCAAAUGACCUACUGCUGGUUGUCAAAAACAUUAUUGACUUUCUGGAACUAUUCCAAAAUAAGUCUAAGGAAGAUUACACUGGUGCGUUGUUUGUUGAUAAUUUUCUUAGCAGAGAAAAAUUGAAUGAUACUCAUACUACUAAUUCAGUUGUGCUAAACAAUCUUCUUCACUUAAUUGCUGAUCUUGCUGCUAUAGAAGAGGCUCUGCAUAGAAACAAUACUGAGCUUCAGGUAGUUGACUUUUUUGAUUCAUUUUUUGAUAAUGCACGAUAUAGAGCUUUUUCUACUCAGCCCCAAAACAGAAGUCUGGACAUCGUACUAGACAUCUUGCAAAUGAUAUUUCAGUCUACCACAGAACAUGACAGGAACAAAAUAAACUUCUUACUAAAGAGUUUGCAUAAGGAUAUAAUGGCAGAAACGAGGUUGGUUGCCACAGUAGUGACUGUAUGGGCCCCCAAGAUGAGCGUUUUAAGAAAGGCUCUGUAUCGACCUAAGGGUGUAGUUUUAGAUUAUGUUUUCUUUGGGGAAACUGAAGCCUGUGCUUUUCAGACUUUAUAUUUUAACCCAGCUGUGCCCAAAACUGUUUACAAAGAGCAAUUAGGAGAAGAACCAGAUGUCUUUGGCAACCUUUUGUGUGUUGUUGCAAAGUGUAAAGAUGGAUUAAUGAGUCACUUACUCCUCUCUGUCAUUGAAGGAAUCACUCUGGCUCAAGAUCAUUAUCAGGAUAUUGAAAGAAUGUGGUCUGAUUUCAACAAGGGGGAUUGUGAGAGUAUGGCAUAUAUAAACCAAAAUCUUGCCAAUACUUUGGAGAGCUUCCUGGGAGCCUUGCAGAAUACCAGCAGUGGCAGCUGUGAAUGUCAGCUGACGUUGGGGAAUGUACAGAGACGACUGCAAAUGGUGGCUGAAAACUUGGAGCUACAGUUGUCAGAAAAUCCAGCGGCAGCUUUUCUCAGUGAUUUUAACCUUUUGAAUGAUGUGAAAAUCAAAGAGUUUGUGCAGAAUCUUACUCAGUUGAGGCUGGACGUUUGUUCUUCUGUCAAUAUUUCUGAAGAAACCAUCAAUACCAUCUUGGAAGCCAGUAUCUCUCACUCAAAGUUUCAAGUUUUGUUUAGCGCCUUUGUGAUAGCUUUUACUGGAAAAUGCGAUGGAGAAGUACUUAGUCUGCUGCUAAAGCUACCUGAAAACAGUAGAACUUCCAUGGUAGUGGAAGAAUUAUGCUCUUUACCAGCCCUGGACUUGUAUACCAUGUUUGUACUGAUUAUACAGAAUUUGAACUUACGUCACAUCAUUUACAAGACUAGAUUACCGACUGAGAUUGGCAAUGUACUAAACACAGUACUGGAUGUGGUUUCUAGUAUCAGCGCUCUUCUCAAUAAAGCCCACCAUGUCAUGGAAAACCUUCCAGAGUUCCUCCAAGGAAUUCAAAAUAUUGGUGUGCUUGACAUCUCUGCAUUGCAACAGUUCUUGCAAGGUGGGCAGUUCAGAAGUUCAGCUGUUGGAUCCCUGGAGCCUGUAAUCAAGGCAGUGUGUAAAGAAGAAUCUUCCUUUUUCAGCAGUGCAAACCUGUUCAUUGACAUGCCCAGAAUCAUGGGACUCUUGGAAGACAAUAUGGCAAAAUAUGGUAUUCCUGAAGACUCAACUCCAUUUUGCUUGAAGCUGUAUCAGGAGAUUUUGCAGUCUCCUAAUGGGGCUUUGGUAUGGACUUUCCUAAAACCUUUAUUACAUGGGAAGAUAUUGUACAAUUCAAACAUCAACAUGAUUGACCUGGUGAUGGAGAAG